AUGGACGGCUUCGACUUUGAUCCAAACAUGUUCGCCAACUUCGACUUUUCGGACUUCAUGGACACCGAGCCGGAGCAGAACGAUCUCCAAUACCACAUCCCUGACGCCCCUUUCGACCAAGCUACCGAUGGCUGGUUCAACGAGCUCGACGCACCAACCCAGUUCCUCGACGGAGUUGCUGCGCCUCCACCAUCUCCUCUUGGACAGGACACUGCGAUGUCUGAGAGUGCCAUGAAUACCUCAGAGCCGGGGUUUGGUCCUUGCGUCUGGUGCGACGCUCCUCAUGAUACGGAUCAUGAUCCCGACUGUGCUCUCCUACUGGGAUCAGACAAUACUGCUGCUGCUGGGGGCGGCGAGGCUGCGAAGUCGGAUGAUGGACACGCUGUACCAUCAUUGGCAGACUUCAGCCCGGAGCUGACUAUCCUGACUCCUGCUGGGGCUUCGGCUCCAGGCUUUGCACUUUUUACUCCUGCAGCAGCACCGACGCCGACGACCCUACCGGCCUUGCCAACAUAUGUCUCGCCAUACUCUCGCUCGCCACAUCCGAUUCCCUCACCAUAUCCGAUUCCGGCAUGGACAGCGACGGCAACUGCAGCUUCGCAGCCGGCAUUGCCAGCCCUUGGCUCGCCACACGCUCGCUCUCCUUACCCGAUGCCUGCGAGCAUACCAUCUACCAUCCAGAAGUCUCUACCGGUGCGGUCUCGAGCACCCGCUCCCAAGACUCGGCGCAAGGAGAAGACGCCAGCUGCACAGUCCCCUGAGCCAUCGCAUGACGAGCGGCUGGAGUAUCAGAACUUGUUCAACGGCUUCGAUGCUGCUCGCCAAGCUCUUGUGCAGCCCGUUGGCGUUGACAGACUGAUCCCACUCAACCUCACCAACGAUGACUGGCAGCAGAUAAAGAGCCACCACAUCGGCGACUCAGGCGCUCGAAUCUUCAAUGCAAUCCACGCGGAGCCAGGUGCACCACCCGAGAACUUCACCGACGACCAGACCGUCUACUACUACGAGCAUCAAGACAUCGUGCGCCAGUCCGUCCUCAACAAGAUCCACGCCGACCCGGCCAAAGCCGAAGCUCGAGCCAUGAUGCUGCUGGAGGAGGUCAUCAACGUCCACGAGCACGGCGUCCCCAAGUCCGUCUGGGAGCGUCGAGACCUCAAGUCUGGCUACCUUCUUGAGUCGGAGCUGAUCUGCUCCCAGCGUCUGGCAGAAGUCAUCAAGGCCGUUUACAACGACAAGUACGUCGCUCUUGACGUUCUCUCCGGCACCGGCCUCGCCGACUUGGCCCGCUCGCCUGCUCGGUACCUCCGCCGCAAGCAUGAGAAUUGUCGAGUCAAUGCUCGCAAGGCGUUCGAGAAGCUGAAGGCCGAGGAGGCCAAGCGCAACAGCGUGGCUCCCAGCAAGACUCCUGCUGCUCCGGCUCCUCGUGCUACGAAGAAGAGUCCGAAGGGCAAGCAGCCUGCUCAGGAUCUGUCUCCUCGCACUCCCACUCCAAGUGGGUCUGCUGCUCAGAAGCCGCUGGAUCAGACGCUUCAUCAGCAGUAUGCUCAGACUGGGGAGACUUCUCGUCCUCAGCUGAAGCGCAAGACGGAGGCUGAUGUUAGUGAGACUUUGAAGCGGUUCAAGUACAAUAGGGCAGAUGGAGAGUAA